ACAUAUUUUUUAAUACGUUAAUUGAAUUUAAUUGUUUUAUUGUCAUAAUUAUGUUUGAAGCAAAAAAAGGCGUAUACAUUCCUCCCGGCAUAAUACGGUAUACAUGUAAUAAGUGAAAGUGAUGACCUUGAGCAAGGACAAUUAGGUGGUGUUAGUACUAUAUAUCAUAUGAGUACUAUUCAAACUUUGUUUAUUUCACAAAACACAGAUAACAAAAUAAGACGUGAAAAUGGCGAGCAGAGGAAAGAAAAGAGGAAAAGUUGUCGAAGAAUCUGUUAUUGAAGAAAAAGAAAAUAUUUCCAGCAGGAGAACGGGGAGAGCAAAGAAGGUUGUUAAUUAUGUCGAAGACUCGCCAGUUGUCAAGAAAAAGGCAAAAGAUGAUGCAAAACUUGAAAAAGAAAUUGUUAAAUUAUCAAAGAAAAAAGAAACACAGAAGAGAAAAUUGAACACAAAAGAAACAGAAAAAUAUAUGGAACCAGAAAAGGAAAAAUCGAAAAGUACAAAAUCUAAAUUACCGAUGAAAUCCAGAGGUAAAGCCAAAGAGAUUAAAGAUACUGUGGAUGAUUUAGAACUUGAUAAAGAUGAAGAUGAAAUUGAAGCGUCAGCGCCGGAAGUUCAACAAAUAUCACACAGAUCCGACAAUAAAUCAACAAGUAAACGAAAUAAAAAAGGAAAGAAGGACACACAAGAUGAAAAAUUGACAAUUCCAGAGAAAGAAACUGAGAUUUUGGAUCAAACAGAACAUCAGGAUGAAUGUGAACUUGAUACAAGCGCAGUAACGGAAAUUGUAAAUACCAGUAGAAUAAGAGGACAUUCGAAUAAGAAGCAGACCAAGGCAAAUACACGAAAACCAUUAUCAAACCGUAGUGAGAAAAAUCAGAAUGCACAAGAUAAAAACAUUACAGCAGAUAUUGAAAGUGGAACAAAGUCGAAAAACCAACACAUCACAAAACAUAACAAACAAAAAGAAACACAAGAACAAGACAAAAUUUUGAAGGAAUAUAACACAAACACGAAUGAUACUGAUGACAUUGGCGCGGAAGAAUUUCCUGAUGUUAGUGAUGGCGAAAUUGAUCCCAAGAAAGACAAAGGAAACAAUGCUAACAGUACUUUCACUCUUGGAGAUAUUGUAGAAACACCAAGGACUACUAACACGAGGAACACACCAAAAAGUGACAGGAACACAAAACAGAACACUUCAUCCGUUGCCAAACGUAUGUCUGAAGUGUUGGGGAGUAUAAGAAAGGAAAGUGUAGGUGGUACUCCUAAGUCAGGACAUUGUGCUUGUGGAGAUAUGAUGACCGAAAUAAACGAAAUUUUAGAACUUGUAACGGAACAACUGACAGAUCUGAAAUCCGAAAUGGAAAAUGUGAAGACAACGAACGAGUCUUUACAAACUGAUUUGGACACUAAUCGCAAUGAAACCAGACAACUGAAAGAAGAAAUGAACAACUUGAAAAACGUCACAGUUCAACAGAUACAGACCAAUACAACACAGACCAGCAGAACACCAAGGAAAUCAACUUCAAACCAAAAUGAGAUUGACCUUUUAUGGACUCAAUGUGAAGUUCAGAAAAAGACCAUUCGGUCAUUGCACAAUGAAGUGGAUAAUACUAAAACUGAAUUUAACCAACGUUUUGAGAAAUACAAAAGAGCAAUGAUUUUUGUGUUGAGCAAAACAAGACCAGACAUAACACAUGCUGAUGUUUCAAAAUUGAGGAAUUUACUCAACAAAACUGAGAGAUGUUUGGAUUCGACACUUGACGAGAUCUGUUCAUCAAUGGAAACAGAAAUGCCAAGAUCUACACCAAACAAAGCUACCAACAAUGGUCCUGUUAUUUCGAUUAGUUGUCCAAGCAGUCCACCGAAAGAAAACAGUAGAAAUGAAAAGGUUUUGGUGCCACGAAAAAACGUCCAAAACAUUAUUAAAACUGCUAAUCAUCUGUCGACCCCUAAAAGGAAUCCUCAGGAAUCAAACCCUUUUCAAACAAGACCCAAACUUAGAAGGACACCUGUUUGUGAAUCUAAAAAAUGAUUCAUAUGAUUAAGGCAUACAAUUUGUUUUUAUCUAGAAUAUUUUUGUUUUAUGAUAAUGUAAAAUUCAGGCAACAAUGACUUAAAACAGAGAAUCAGUUGGUGCCAUUUGUUUUAUUUUAAUUUUAUAAACAGUAUCUGCAAAACGUUCAGACAAUGUUUAGAUUGCUGAACCUUUGAAAACAGUUGUUAUGAUGUUUUAGAAUAUUGAAUGAAUAAUAAUGAGAAGUUAUAAAUAUAUCGUAAACAUCAACUCUGCAGUUAUAUCGAUGCUCAAUUUCAGGAUAACUAUCAAGAUUUCCGAAUGCACAAGCAUGAAUGAUAAUUUAGGAUUAACAAGCAUGAAUGAUAAUUAAGGAUUAAAAAGCAUGAAUGAUAAUUUAGAAUAAACAAGCAUGAAUGACAAUUUAGAAUAAACAAGCAUGAAUGAUAAUUUAAAAUAAACAAGCAUGAAUGAUAAUUUAGGAUAAACAAACAUGAAUGAUAAUUUAGGAUAAACAAGCAUGAAUGAUAAUUUAGGAUUAAAAAGCAUGAAUGGUAAUUUAGAAUAAACAAGCAUGAAUGAUAAUUUAGAAUAAACAAGCAUGAAUGAUAAUUUAAAAUAAACAAGCAUGAAUGAUAAUUUAUGAUUAACAAGCAUGCAUGAUCCUUUAGAAUAUUCAAGCAUGAAUGAUUAUUUAGGAUAAACAAACAUAUUCGAAUGAUAAGUUUAUAAAGGAAUCAUGGAUGAUACGUUUGUAAAAGUAAGCAUGAAUAAUACGCAUGUAAAAGGAAGCAUGGAUGAUACGCAUGUAAAAGCAAGCAUGGAUGAUACGUUUGUAAAAGCAAGUAUGGAUGAUACGUUUGUAAAAGCAAGCAUGGAUGAUACGUUUGUAAAAGCAAGUAUGGAUGAUACGUUUGUAAAAGCAGGCAUGGAUGAUACGUUUGUAAAAGCAAGCAUAAAUAUUUGUUAAAGCAUGCAUGCAUAUUUGUAAAAGCAAGCAUGGAUGAUACGCAUGUAAAAGUAAGCAUGAAUGAUACGUUUGUAAAAAUAAGCAUGAAUAAUACGUAUGUAAAAGCAAGCAUGAAUGAUACGCAUGUAAAAGCAAGCAUGGAUGGUACGUUUGUUAAAGCAAGCAUGAAUAUUUGUAAAAGCAUGCAUGCAUAUUUGUAAAAGCAAGCAUGGAUGAUACGCCUGUAAAAGUAAGCAUGAAUGAUACGUUUGUAAAACAAGCAUAAAUGGUACGUUUGGGAAUGCAAGCAUAAAUUGUACGUUUGGGAAUGCAAGCAUGAAUAGUACGUUUGGAAAAGCAAGCAUGAAUGAUAAGUCAGAAAAUUAAGUGUUGGUUAGUGAAUAGGAAAGCCUCUCAAUACAUAUUCCAAAUGUUUCAUUGCAUUACUGUAAGUUUUUAUUAUUAUUCAGUUAUUCAUUUUUCGUUUUUCUAAUGUCCAUGCAUGGCUUGCCAGACGUUUGUAACCAUACACAUACGUGGUUGUAUUUAAUGUUGAAAAUGUUUUUCUCAGCACUGUGUUCUCAGGUUUAAAGAAACUGUUUUAACUUUUGUACUAUCUUAGAUAAUAAAUUACGAUUAUCAAAAUAU